GUACUUUCGCUCCUCCUCCACAGACUCACCUGAUCGAUCGCGUACAGUAACGUUGCGGAGAUGAGUUUGCCGAAGGCAGACGGAGCAGAAAUUCAGCGCCAACUGCGCUUGCGAUGCUCGACUUGGUGAGGCGGCUACUGGUUUUCGGAGCCGGCUGCCUCGGGCACUCAGUCCAGUGAGCUGUCCGCCCAGUGAAAGUACCACGGUUCAUCCUCUACGGGCAACUCCUUCCUUUCUUUGGAAGAUAGCCCAAUUAUUUAAAAAAAAAGCAGUAAUCGCCUAUUCAGUCAUGCAGUUGCCUCCUAAGGAACCACAGAAAAAGAACAUGUGGAAUCUGGCCAUAGAGGUCGGCAUGAGAGUUUUCCUCUUUGGAGUUUUUGUUUUCACAGAAUUUCUGGAUCCCUUCCAGCGGGUUAUUCAGCCUGAAGAAAUUUGGCUGUACAAAAACCCCAUUGUGCAGUCAGACCACAUACCUACCCGCAUUAUGUUUGCCAUUUCAUUCCUCACACCCCUGGCGGUGAUCUUUGUGGUCAAAAUAAUUCGAAGAACAGAUAAAACAGAGAUUAAGGAGGCCUGUUUAGCUGUUUCUCUGGCCCUUGCUCUGAAUGGAAUCUUUACCAAUACGAUUAAAUUAAUAGUGGGAAGACCACGUCCUGAUUUCUUUAACCGCUGCUUUCCGGAUGGCGUAAUGAACCCUGAGAUGCACUGCACAGGUGAUCCAGAUAUAGUGUCAGAGGGCAGAAAGAGUUUCCCAAGCAGUCAUUCCUCCUUUGCUUUUUCAGGUCUGGGUUUUACUACCUUCUAUUUAGCUGGAAAGUUGCACUGCUUCACGGAUAUUGGUCAAGGAAAAAGCUGGAGAUUGUGUGCAGCUAUCCUCCCUCUGUAUUGUGCUGUGAUGAUAGCCUUGUCGAGGACGUGUGAUUACAAACAUCACUGGCAAGAUGCAUUGGUUGGUGCCUUUAUUGGCAUUAUCUUUGCCUACCUUGCCUACAGACAACAUUAUCCAUCACUGAAUCACACAGAAUGCCACAAACCACAUGUCUGCCUCAUGGUUCAGGUAUCAGCUGAACAGGAAGAAGCCUCCACUCCAGACAAAGCUACCAGCCUGGCUCUACAGGGAUUAAAUGAAGGCCCUGUAUGACUAUACUUCUGACAUGGACAAUUAUUCCUUCUAACAUUCCGCAUAAAUCAAAACAAAAUCUAUUUAAAGAAACAAAUUUAAAAAUCCAUUCUAUAUCACUAUCAUGUACUUUCAUCCUUCAUAUGUGCACUCGAAAGCAAACUUUGAAAGUAAAAUAGGUUGUUACAAAAGUGACAUGCAUGUAUGCCAUCUGAGAUAAGAAAUUCAUUUUCAAAAGGUUAUCAGAUAUUAAACAAUGGCAAAGUGCAUUAAUUGCAUAGCAAAUCAGAAAAAUGGUUUUGAAUGAAAAGUAAUUACAGUGUAAGAUUGAAGUAGCAGAAUGGUUUUUGCACAAAAUUGGAAAGAAAAUGGUUUAAUUAAAUAUAAUUACAGUGUGGACAGUAUGAAGAGAUCAUGUAUAAAGUCUUGAUUAAAAUGUAAUUAAAAUCUUUGAUGGAUGCAGUGAAAUUAAUAUUGUGAAAUGAUUAUAGAAGGUUGCAUUGGGGAUGUAAUUGCAAAUGACAAAGUGAGAUAGAAGUACUAAUCUGAAAAACUGUAUUGAAAUUUCAUUUUUCUAGGCUGGACUUAUGUGGUAUUGUUCAUUAAACUUGAAAUUGUUCAAAAA